AUGCGGCAGGUUUCCCAGGCCGAGCCGUCGAGCGCGCCCGGCGGCGCUGCGGGGGGAGCAGUCGCUUCUGUCCUCUCUUCUCGCGUCUCGGAAACUUCUUCUCUGUCUGCGCGCGCGACUUCCGUCAGACUUGCCGGCUCUCCUCCUAGUCUUCUCGCGGCCGCCAAGCCGUCCGCUUCGUCUUUCCUCUCUUCUUCCUCCUCCUCUUCGUCUUCCACCUCUUCGUCUCCUGCUCUGCAUGCGUUUUCCUCGUCUCCACUCCCACCGUCUGCGUCUCCCGGCACGGGCGUCUCGGCGGAGAAAAGCCUUUCCCCAGACUUCUCUUCGCUCGCGUCUCCGCCCGCUGCCCUGCCGGGUGUUUCGACAGCUGGGCAGGCUGCGGCAUGCGAGGUCUGCGAAGCUGUGCAGAACAUUCUCAAGGAAAUGGAUGCGAAAUUCACUUCCAUGACGGAGGCCAUUCUAAAUCGUUUAGACGACAUGGGAGGAAAAAUCGACGACCUUGAGGGCCAGCUGCAGUCUCUCCUGCUCGAAGAACAGCAGGACCUCAAAGCAGAUACACCCCAGUGAAGGACGAGGGAACGAGAGAGAGGAGUGAACAAGGAGAGCGGAGAAACCAGAGAGAAGAAAAGUGAAGCAGUAAAGUGAAGAGUGAACCGGAGGCGGCAGAGAGAAGAGAGGAAGGAGAUAGAGAAGUCAAUGCCCGGAGAAAAUGGUUAAACAGAGAAGAGAGAGCAGAGAGAACAACGGCACAGGGAGAGAGAACAAGACAAAGAAGUAGCGGGGAAAAGAGGUAGGAGAGAGAAGAGGAACCGAAGUCGAAGCGGAGACAGGAGAAAUACAGCUGAGUUAUACGAAAGGGCACCAGUGCCGAAUCAUCACUGUAUGGAAAAGAACACAAAAGGAAGAAGGUGCUCUUUCCCCCAAGUUGGGUGCGUCUUGAGCGACAGGCGAGACGCUCACGACCUCGAACUCGUCAUUUCGUCGCCUUCUUUUUUCCUUUUUUCUCCUCACACACGACGCGAAGCUGGACGCUGGGUUGUGUGCGAUCUCACCUUUUAAAGGAUGUACUGCAUUCGUUCUAUGUCUUGUUUACUUCAAGUUAAAUGGAUCUUGUAUGUGCGAUAAACUGCUUUUGCACAACCGAUGCAGCGCUAUGCCGCUUCAGUUUUUUUUUC